AUAAUACAACAAUAUUUUUGCUAACAAUAAAUAAUACUCAAAUUUAUAUAGAAAAAGAAAGAAAACGUGAAAAUGAAUGAGAAUUUAUUAAAACGGAUAAAAAACCAAUUAAAUGCAAAGUUUUAUGUAAUGAACGACGCGUGGUUGCAAGAUUGCAUCAAAUACUUUAUCAGAGACAAAAAUCAUGAAGUAACAGACAGGCAUAUUUUGGAAUUUGUAGAGGGCCAAUGGCAAUUAAGUGAUUUGCGAGAGAUCAACAAUGUGAAUGGAUGUUUACCAAGGAACUUGAUACAACAAGUGCAUACUGUAUUAACUGGUACCUAUAUACUUCAGGUGGACAAGAUGUAUGAUAUAGCAAAUUCUAAAUACAAGCAACUUUGUGAAAUUCGUAAAAUCAAUAAUGAGAAUUUGAUAGUACCAGAAGAAGAGAAACCAGCUGAAUGGGAACCUAAAGCUAGAAGAAUGAUACAAUUGUAUCUUACUGAUGGAGUACAGGAUAUUACUGCCAUAGAGUAUAAACCGCUUAAACAAAUGACUAAUAUGUUGCUUCCUGGAUAUAAAGUGAUGAUAAUUGGUCCAAUUAAUUGUAGACGUGGAAUUAUUCUCUUGGAAGAUGGAAAAUAUAAGGAAAUCGGUGGGGAAGUGGAAUCUCUAUUAAAAUCCAAUGCGUUGGAGAAUGUCUUGGCUAGAGCUCUUGGAGAACCAGAAAAUUCUGAUCCAUAUAAUGAUAAUGGGCUAUCCAGACCUGUGAAUCAGAAUGUUCAUAACGCCUCGCCCAAAUCGAAUGACAAUAUUAACAGCAAUGAUAAUUUAUUCGAUGAUGAUUUUGAGGAGACUGUCGACUUAGAAGCAGUAACGGCAAUCGAACGGCGAAAUCAAGAAAUAAAAACCAUUGAAAAUAGCUUUGGAAGUGUGUAUAAUCAGAAACAAAUCAGAGAAACAAAAGAAACUAUGGAAGAGUUUUUAGAGGACAUAGAUUUUGACCCUGUAGAGAAUUGGCCCAAUAAUUCCCCCACGAGAUCUGUAUCGCCUGCUUCGCGGAUGGAAAUUGAAAAUUUCAAUGAGGAGGAUAAUAAUAUAAUGAUAGUUGAAGAAGUAUCAGUCUCAGCACAUGAUUUUCGUAGCAAACCAUUAUCUUUCGCAAGUUCUUCUAAGAUAAAUAAAGAUGCUUCGGAAUUUCGCAACAAUGAUUUCGAUAAUUGUGAAAUCAUUGUUAACACAGAAAAAUCGCGGAGUAAACAGAAUAAAAAUCUCUCAAAAGAUGAAAUCAAAGCAUAUUCCUCGCCCAAAUUUGGCUCGAAUUUGGCAACUCAUGAUACCUCAAAAAAAAUUAAAACAAAUAUGGAAACUUUGACAAAACAAAACGAAAAAUUUAUGGCAAGCAUUUCGAGCACAACCAAACAAGCAGCAACCAUUAAUGUUCUGAGCGACAUAUUAUCCAAGCCUAUUAUAGGAAAAAUACAUAAAAUAGUGAGAGCUCAAGUGAAGAGUCAUUCAGCAUUAAAAAAACAGGAUAAACAUUGGACAGUAACAGCACUGAUUGCAGAUCACACUUCCAGUAUAGAAGUUUGUUUCGAUUCUGAAAUCCUGGAAAAAUAUAUCGGAUUCUCUGUUCAGGAAUUUUCGCAAAAGAAAAAGCUUGCCAAGUCAGAUCCUCAAGUAAAUAACGAAUUAAGACUGAAAUUGCGCAGGGCGCAACAUCAAAUUCAAAAUCUGAAUGCAUUAUUGGAACUAGAAUUGAUACAAGGUAAAAUUCCCAAAAUUGUUAAUAUUAUGUAACUCGUAAUAAAAAGCAAAAAAAUUAUAUUUUUGUGUAUUUGUAACAAAAAGUAUUGUACAUAUUUCAAAAAUUUUAAAUUAUAGAGAAU